UAACACCAUGACAAAGGGUUCUAUUCUGCACUCUGCACUUUUGUGCUUCUGGGUUCCCUUGUUGCUCCUUGUCACCUUCAGUUAUGCUACUUCUGCUUUGGCCACAACUCAAAUUUCAGGAAAUGAAGUGAACAAGAAUGGGAUGGUUGUGAAUGAAGAUUUAGAAAAGGUAAAUCCAGAAGGAUAUGGUGAUGAAGAAUCAAAGUUCAAAGGAUUGUUUCCUAAACCAAUUCCAUUUGCUAAACCUAUUCCAAAGCCACUUCCUCUCAUCAAACCUAUUCCAAUUCCAUUGUAUAAGAAACCAACACCAAAACCGAUUCCCAUUGUUAAGCCUAUUCCUAUUCUUAAACCUAUUCCAAAACCAUUUGUUAAGCCUAUUCCUAUUCUUAAACCCGUUCCUAAACCCUUUAAACCAACACCAAAACCGAUCCCCAGUGAAGAAGCAAAAUUCAAAGGUAUUUUCCCAAAACCUAUUCCCAAAGUUAAGCCAAUACCAAAGAUAAUUCCUGUUGUUAAGCCUAUUCCCAUUCUUAAACCUAUUCCAAAGCCAUUUGUUAAGCCUAUUCCUAUUCUUAAACCCGUUCCUAAACCCUUUGUUAAGCCAAUUCCUAUUCUUAAACCUGUUCCAAAACCAUUCGUUAAGCCAAUUCCUAUUCUUAAACCUGUUCCAAAGCCAAUUGUUAAGCCAAUUCCUGUUCUUAAACCUGUUCCAGAACCUUUCGUUAAGCCAAUUCCUAAGCCUAUCCCUACCAUUGAGUCAGAGGAAUUCUUAAAACCAAAGCCUUUCUUGAAGAAGUCUAUUCCUAAACUACCAUUUGAUCCCAAAUUCAAGAAACCAUUUCCGCCAAUUCCAACUCCAUAGAAUGAUGAUAACACCCAUUGCACCUCAUUAGCAAUAAAGUUAUUAUAUCUUCCCUUACUGAGUGUGUUGAUUUAUAUUCCAAUCACAACCAUUAGUUUCUUAAUCCUAUUGUAUCCCUCUCCUUAAUAAAAUUUACGUCACUAUUACCCUUUGUAAAAUUAUUAUCUUAAAGUAAGAAAUGAUAUUACUGAUUUCUCAUUUUAGUUUA